UUUGUUAUUUUCCUUUAUACUAACUUUCAUAAACUGAUUUUCGCCUUGCUUUUGGCAAAAAUCUUUCUGGCAACUCUAACGAAGAAACAGAAGCAGAAAACAUAAAAAGGGCCAGGACAAAAGUGUGAAAAUUUUCGUGAAAAUUUUAUUUUGUGCGCUGUUAAUAAACAAAUACUGUGCUGUGUAUUUCGUAAUUGUUAUACUCAAUGAUUCUAAUGUUUACAAAAUGAAACUGACAAUUAAAUCAUGGACUGGCGUAGCAACUUGGCGAUGGAUCGCAAAUGAUGAAAAUUGCGGCAUCUGUCGAAUGUCUUUCGAGAGUACCUGUCCGGAGUGUUCGCUACCUGGUGACGAUUGUCCUUUAGUGUGGGGCGUGUGCUCACACUGUUUUCAUAUGCACUGCAUUGUUAAGUGGUUGAAUUUGCAAACUAUGAAUAAGCAAUGUCCCAUGUGCCGCCAAAGCUGGAAAUUCAAUAUACAUUGAGCAAAAACAACACUUGCUUAGUUGCAAAAGAAAAAUAAUAAUAAUUUCGUAAAAGUAAUUUAUAGUGUGUAUUAUAUGCGAGUGUAACGCGCGAAUAAAAUCAAUAACAAAUUUAUAUAGAUAUCAUUAAUAUUAAAGAAAAUACAAUAUACAUAUGAGAUUAGCAAAGGAACGUUCACGUGAGCGUGAAAUGGAUAGUGAACUGAAUAAAUUAUGUUUGCCGGGUUUACCGCCACUGCCAAAAAGUUUAAGCACAGCAGCUGCUGCAGGCGUUUCAUCGGCCGCCUCCUCAGCAACGCAUUCGAAUACUGCGUCACCAUUAAACAACCACCAUCAUCAUCAUCAUCAUGCAUUGCACGGUGUCGAGAGUGUGGAUCUGUUUUUGGGACCCUCAACAUCGGCGGCCGCCACGCGUAAUCACUACCGACACGGCAGUUUGUCGUCGACGCAAGAGUCUUUGAGCGAUCGUGAAAGUAUACAUAGUCGCGCCUCUUCGUCGCACAGCAGUCAUCAUACGCCCACAAAUACCAAUACAGACAAUGGAGGCACAUCUAUUUCGCUUAGUGGUGGCAGUGGUAGCAGCACAACCAGUACGUUGGACACACAACUAGCCAUAUUGCGUCGUGAAAUGUAUGGACUGCGACAGUUAGAUCUAUCUUUGCUCUCACAAUUAUGGGCACUCAACGAAUCGAUUCAGGGAUUCCGUGUAUUUCUACAAGAACAAGAAGCGCUCUCACCGCCAUCUCCCUCACCAACGCCAUCUGACACUAAUUCGCUUACAUCAGAGGCUGAAGAGGAAUCAUAUUCAGCGCAACCAUUGAAAUUAGCACAUCCUAUUGUUGCACAAGCAUCUUUACCACCCGGUGGCUCGAUAACAUCGCACGCUUCAACAAGUUCAGCGUCUGGCACAUCGGGCUCCUCAUCGGCUACCUCUUCGAUGGGUAAGCAUGGCGGUAUGCCAUUACCGCCAGCACCACAAAAGACACACCCACAGCUGCCACGUAUCUUGCAGCAACGUAUGCGUCGUGCACCGCCGCCACCGCCACCAACAACACGACCCAAAACGACUAAAGACGCAAUGGCGGCAGCCAAUGGCGCAACAACGACAUCAAUACCACAAAGACCAGCAUGACAAAACCCAUUCUUGGAUUAAGCAUGCAUGCAACGUUAAGUGUUUGCUUAAUUCAAGAAUGUUACUCUAAACCAAGAUUUAUAACUCGUAAACUACAAAAAAGUUUUGUGAGUGUAGCACGUAUAGGCUUGUUGCCAUUUGGGAAUAUAGGUGCAAGUCGUAAAGACAAAUGUUGUCAAUUAUGUGUUGCGAUUGUGUCGCCAUGUAGGAAGAAAAACUGACAAGUAGACGUUGAAGCGCAAUUAUGAAUAACAAAAUCAAAAUAUAUUCAGUGGAUUUAAUACUUGCGUAUUUCGAAAGUGUAUUUUAGAAGCUUGCAAACGGUAAAUAUUUGCGAUAGAGAAUUUAGCGUUUAAUUUUAAAAAUUAAAGCGCGUUUUAUUCAGUGCGUUCCAUGCAAUUGUAUCUAGUAUGUAAGCGCGUAAGCUAAUCAAAAUGUAAUGAAUGAAAUAUCGGUGUCGUACUGUACACAUAUUCCCAAAUAUUGCUGUUAAAGGGUUAAAAAAAAAAACACAAGAAUUGUAACGAAUUGAAUAUCAAACUUUUUAGAUAUACGAAAAUAUUUGUUAAUACAUCUUGCUAUAGACAGUUUAAAUAUUUUCCAAUAAACACAAACUUACAUACACAACCCACAUGCACAACAACCUGAACACAUCUGUAACCGGAAUACACACAAUGCAUCCUAAAACCAUGCUGCAUUUACAUAUAAAA